UUUAUCAGUGCUCUUUCUGAGGUAUAUGAUAACAUGAAUAACAAGCGCCUCUUAAAUUGUUGCGAUGAUAUCGGCAUUAUAGGAAUCGAUAAAAUAGUAGAUACGCUUAAAACGCAUGGUUUCAGGUCAGAUGGUAUUGCAUAUCUACUUGUUGUGCUUGGGGAAGUUUUAGGUAGUAAAAAAAUAAAAAUAACAGGUGUCACACAUUCAGUUUUGAAAGCCGAUGCAAAAAAAACUUUUCAACUGGCAUUGAGUGACGAACUUGUGAAAGAGGCAAAAGAACUAGAUAAAUGUACCAGCGAAUUGCGAAAAACCAGUCAAGGGAGCUAUGAAAGAUACUUUAAAAGUGCUUACGGCAAACUUAAAGAUUCUAUGUUAUCGAAAGAACGUACGAGAUUGGCUCUAGAAUACCUACAAGACUCUCUGGAAAUGCCCUUUUUAUCAAGACUGGAAGAAAUACGUAAUAUUGCAAGGAUCAAUAUUGCAAUUCUUAAUAUAAUAGAACAUGAUGAGGACGCAUAUGCAAUUGCAAUAAAAACUGUUGAAGAAGUUCGAAAAUCUGUAAGAGAAAAUUAUCAAUUUAUUAGCAAAGCUAAAUUACGUUUAGAAGUUUUGGAGGAUUUCUUGUGGAUAAUUAGUGGUGUUGAUCUAUCUGAUACAUCUCUUUUUAUUACAUUUCCCGUUGAAACAAAGUUAGAUUCGGAAUUGGACGAUAAAUAUAUUAAUUACUUAAAUAAUCAACUGUCUUUCAAUCAAGAUAAAAAUCAUCAUCAUAAAGCGGCUUAUUUUGAGUACUUGGCUGAAAAAGAAGCUAAAAUUAAUAAGUUAAACAGUUUACGCCAUUGGCAAUCUGCUCAAGAAAACUAUGAUAUUGCACGUGGAAUAGACCCUGAUAAUCCGAUUUAUUCCCUUGGAUAUGCAAGAUGCUUAUUAAAAUUAUCCAAAUAUACUCAAGUCAUCAAGCUUUCUGAUAAAUGUCCAGUAUUAAAUUCUUUAUCAGAAUACUGGCAUUUACGUAGCGCAGCUUAUUUUAAGCAAAAAAAGUAUCAAGAUGCUAUGAUGUGUAAUUCUGAGGCACUAAAUUUAGAUCCUGAAAAUCAUUCGGCUGUUAAACAUAGAGAACUUAUUAAAAAAUUUUUAAAUAUAAAUAAUAUAGUUGAACAUCACAUUGAAUGCUAUAAAAAGGAAUUAAUAUACGAAAUAGAUUAUUUAAAAAAUUCUCAUAGUAAUGAUCGUUCUGUCUACAAUAUUUUAUCUAUUGAUGGUGGAGGAAUACGUGGAGUAUUGCCUGCUUUAUGGCUUAGCGAGAUAGAAUAUCGAACUCAUAGACCCAUUUCUCACCUAUUUAAUAUGAUAGCUGGAACAUCGACUGGUGGGAUCAUUGCUGCUGGAUUAUCGGCACCACAAUUCAAACCUAUAGACAAGACAAGUGAUCAUAAUGAAUACAAAUAUUCAAAUAUAAACCCAAGAUUUUCAGCUUCGGAAUUAUUGAACAUCUACAAGAAUGAAUCAAAAAAAUUAUUUACUAAAUCAACAUCAAGGUUCUGGGUACCUAUAUGGUCAAAUUUACACGAUAAGUAUACAAAUGAGGGUCGUUUAACUUUGUUUAAAAAAUUUUUUAACGAAACAAGAUUAAGUCAUUCUCUUACUGAGUUGGUUAUUCCUGCUGCAAAUGAAAGUUGUUCGAUAAUGCCACAUUUAUUUACCCGCUACGAUGCUUGUAAAAAUAGCAAGAAUGUCGGUGCAAAUGAAACUUACCUUUAUAACAUAUUAAUGGCAACAACGGCCGCACCUACGUUUUUUCCACCUUAUAAAAUCGGUAAUAAGACUUUUAUAGAUGGAGGAAUACUUCUUAAUAACCCAGCAUCAACUGCUUAUAAUGAAGCUAUCCGAUAUAAAGUACCAGAGGGAAAGAUUUCUAUGCUCUCUCUAGGUACAGGAUGUUAUUUACCAGAUCCUUCAAAUCCUGAUCGAUAUAGAAAUCUACUUUUUUGGGCACAAAAUCUUCCUAACAUGAUGAUAUCUGCACAAGAAGGUAACACGGAUCAUGAAAUGUACAAUCAGUUAAAAAAUCGGUAUCAACGAUGGCAAGUCUUUUUUGAAGAACCUAUAAAAUUAGAUGACCAUGAUAGUAUUCCUAAUCUUCUAGAAUUAGGCUAUCAAUAUAUAGAAGAGCUUGAUUGUUCCGACAAAAAUCCUAUAAAUAAGUUGGUAGAAUCUUUUGAUAUUUAA